AUGCACCAUCCGCAGCCAAGAGGCGUUUCGACAUAUCCCGCGUUGCUCGAGCCGGUGUGUCGACGACGAUUGCCGAUGCCGCCCGACGAGUCGCACAUUCGACGAAGCAGCUCGCCGCGCAUUCUGCCGACACCGCCGCCGCUGUCGCCCGAGUUCCGCUCGCCGUCGGCGGCGACGGCGAGCCUCGAGCGACGCGCGUCGGGACGCCUUCUGCCGCGUCCGCCGACCGCCGACAUCAACGCGAUGGUGUCGCCAUCGCAGCAAUCGCUAUCGCCGGUGUCGUUGACGCCCGAUCCGACGCCCGACGAGCCCGAGUGCUACCAAGAUGAGUCGUACGACGAUGAGAAUGAGGCCGAUGAAGGCGUCGUUGAAGUGGCGAGCGAUUCGGAGAAUCUCGUCGAGCAGUCGCUGCCGCCGCCUCCUCCGCGAAUCGCGCCAUCACCACGCACAACACCGCCGGUAUUCAUUCCGGUCGCCGAGCCACAAGGCCGACGAAUGUCCAAAAUCUCGUUGCAUUCGUCAUCAAAUGAGCAGCUAAACCGAAAAGCGAGUUCUGACAACGAUGACCCAAUUACGCAUGGAUUGGACCCGAGCCUCUAUUCGCCGAAUGCCCCAAUCAAAAUUGAGAACGAAACGCCCAUCAUACAUAAAACGAGUAUUGCUUCGACGUCGUCGCCGGAUCCGCAACGGCCAACCGGAUUAGGCCUUCUUCACUGCUCGCUGCAGCAUUUUCCCGUCCGAAAGCGUUUGCGUGUCAGCAUUCUAAAAAUUGAAGCACUUGCCGGCGAGCUGAAGCCAGAGCUCGAAAUUCAUGCGAUAUGCAAAGUGAGCAUACCGACGCUGAAAGGGGCCAAAGAGCAAUUGUCGGAAAUGAAGCGCGGCCGAGAUCCGGUAUUCAAUCAGGAAUUCUUUUUUGAUAACGUCACUCAUGAGGAGCUCGACACGAAAACCGUGUUGGUGCACGUUUGCCAUCAAGGCGCUAGUAAAAUUGGAAAAGAGCUGCUUAUUGGUGAAGCAAUGGUGCCAUUGCGUGAUAUUCGCGAAAUGAAUACCAAAAAGGAGAUUAAAAUUGUUGCAGAGAUCAAGGCAACUGUGCCGAAGAAACUUGGCAAAAUUUAUACUUCAUCAAUUAUCGAAAAAGAUGCUAAACGAUUAACAAUCAAUCUAAAAAAAGUUGACGAUCUUCCGUGUUUCGGAUUCACUGGUGCUCCCGAUGUUUGUGUUAAAAUUACGUUAACACAAGGAACACGAUCGCAGACAAAAGCCUCAAGAAUUUUGAAAAGCACAACAACGGCAAUUUACAACGAGGCCGUCAUGUUUCUGUUCGGCACGUCGAAAAACGAGCUCGCCCAGACGUCGAUAGUAAUAUCUGUUCACGAUAUGCAAAGAUCAUGCACUGGUGAUGAUACAAUUGGAUGCGCUUAUUUGGGUGUCGGAGCGAUUGACAAAUCUGAAAUUGAGCAAUGGAAGAACACCACAGAGCAUCUUGGAAAAGAGUACAAAGGAAACCAUGUGUUGAAAGCACCAGUACCUGCUCCGCCGGUUCACGUCGCUGAUGUUACCGUCAAUCAUGCGGACGGCGGCGACGACGAAGAAGAAGAAGAAGAAGAGGAAGAAUAA